AGAUCCCACUGACAUCAAUGGGCUUCACUCCCAAGGAAGUGUACAUAGGAUUGCAGCUUUUGUUUCUCUCCCUCAUGAGCACAGCAACUUCCUUCCCCCCCCCCCUUGUCUCUCUCUUGCACAUACACACAAAAUAACUUAAUGGAAAGCAGGACAGAGCUUUUGUGUAUUUAGUACUGUGGCUGUGUAGAUGAAAGCAUUUUAGUAGGUGUGGCUUGUUUGGAAAUGAGAAAAGCUACACCUGACUAAAUUCCCUCUUCUGUAGAAUUAGUUCCUGUUCCUUUUCACAGCUGCCCACCUUAUAUACACAGAUUUGUCAGCUCUGGUUAUAUUGACUUCCAACAAAAGAGUGUUCUGACUUUGAACAAAACUGCUUAUAAGGCUGAUAAGAUCUGUGGGACCCACUUGCGGGUGUUUGACAACACAAUUUGCACACAACAGCAAUAAGCCUGAUAUAUGAGGAAGUAGUUUUUUCUGCCUUUUUGGCAGAGGAGUGAAGCAGAGCAGUCCUAGAACACCUGAAUGAAUGGAAUGUGUACCCUGCCCUCCCGGUCCAGGGGAUAUCAAAGGAUCAGAGCUGUAGGGCUGGUCAUUCUGCAGAAUACUUGUUGCAGGGAAAGUUGAGAUCUCUGGACCUGUUUAGUGUGAAAACAUGAGAUCAGUCAGGAGGUGGUUUCCUAGGGUCUCCUGGUUGCCUACUAUAGCCUUCUUGAUCCUCAUUGUGUCUUUUGCUACCUACAUUAGUUUUCUAGAAAAACAUCCAUACAGGCAAUUUGCUUAUUUUCAUCAUGUCAGCAAAGAGUCACAAGUGGAUAUCCAACAGACUGACCUAGAAGCUGUGACUGUCCAUUGGGAGACGCCAAAGCUUCCAAAGGUGAUAUUGGCGUCCAGUAGCUCCUUACGAGAGCAAGAUGCAGCAAACCACCUGUCUGCCCAAGAAAAGCAUGAUGAGGACAGGAGUCCAUCAGCAUCCAUUGAUGAGCAAAUCAGGAGUAACCUUAUGAUAUUUACAGCCAAUAAAAAAGAAGCCAAGGAGAAAUUAUGGCACACACAGAGUGAGAUUUCAGCUAAAGACAGAAUUAUGACACCAACCGCCAGUCUCAACUUUGCUGCAACACUAACUGCCAAGAAAAGAAAAGAAGUUAAGAGUGUAUCAGUAAUAUCUGAUCAAAAUAAAGAUAUGGUUCCAGAAUACAAAGGAAAGAAGCAGCCUGAGACUGACUAUGUGACACCAGCAGCAUCUCAUCAAAAGAAGGCUGAGAAAGGGGAGGCAACAACAGCACUCAGUCAAGAAAAUCUUGACAGUAAACAUGUCACAUCACCAUUCAGUGAGAGAAAAAGAAUAGGGGAAACAGACACCACUGACGAGCACUGGAUGGCUCCUACUCCUCAUGCUCUGAAAGUCUCAACCAAAAUCAAAUCACUUCCCACUGCUGUGGGUCCCAGUGUGUCUGCAUCUGGAGUGCAAGGAGUCACACAUCCCAUUCCUGAAGCAACUCCAAAGAAAAGGCUAAAAGCAUCUGACUUCAAAUCUGAGCCUCAUUGGGAAUUUGAGGACCAGUAUCUUCUGGACAGUUCAGUCCCACAGUCAAACUGUCCCAAUUCCCUGAGGGUCAAGGCUGUCAAAUCGGAUUGGUUCAAGGAUAUUUUCCUGCCUAACAUUACACUUUUCAUGGACAGGAGUCACUUCAGUGACAGCGAAUGGAAGCGGUUGGAGCAUUUUGCCCCACCUUUUGGUUUCAUGGAGCUAAAUUACUCAUUGGUAAAAGAAGUCAUAACUAUGCUUCCUCCUAAACCCUAUCAUCAGAUUCUCCUGGCACACAACAGCAGCCAAACUUCCAGGUGUAUCAGCUGUGCAGUGGUAGGAAAUGGAGGUAUAUUGAACAACUCCAGAAUGGGCCAGGAGAUUGACUCCCAUGAUUAUGUGUUCCGGGUGAGCGGGGCCAUAACCAAGGGUUAUGAGAGAGAUGUGGGAAUGAGAACAUCCUUCUAUGGAUUCACAGCCUUUUCCUUAAUGGCUUCCCUUGCGGUACUGAGAAACCAUGGAUUCACAAAGAUCCCCUUGGGAAAGGAGAUCAAGUACCUUCAUUUCCUGGAAGGGGAGAGAGAUUACGAAUGGUUGAAAGCCCUUCUGCUGAACAAGGAAGUCAGGAAAGGAUUUUUGGACUACUAUGGGCCGAGGCCACGGGAUCCAUUUAAGAACACUUUCAGCCUAGAUAAUUACUUUGUGAUUCAUCCAGAUUUUCUCAGAUAUUUGAAAAACAGGUUCCUACGAUCCAAAUCUCUAGAUAAACCCUACUGGCGGAUCUAUAGACCUACAACAGGUGCCUUCCUUCUACUAACUGCACUCCAUCUCUGUGACCAGGUCAGCGCUUAUGGGUACAUCACAGAAGGCUACCAAAAGUAUUCAGAUCACUAUUAUGACAAGGAAUGGAAGCGCUUAAUUUUUUAUAUCAACCACGACUUUGAUCUGGAGCGGAGGAUAUGGAAACAACUUCACGAUGCAAACGUUAUGAAGCUUUACCAACGAUCCUGAUCAAAAGGCAGAAGAGACAAACUCUCAUUGUAGGGCAAGGUUGUUCUCUGGAUCGAAGCCAUAUUUUAAUUAUUUAUUUCUGCAGAGUGGCUUCUUGACAUGAAGGGUUUUGCAUCCAUGGGUUUCAUUUUUGUUGGAACAUGCACUCCACUGGAACCAAAGGGUUCCAUUACUUGAGGCCAUGGUGGAGGAAAUUAUUUCCUGAGAACCCACUUGAAUUAGUAUGAGCUGGCUCAUAAGGAGUUAGACUUGAUAUGUAGCCUAGUAUUUGGCUACCCUGAUUGGCAGCUACUGUCCAGCCUUCCAGGGUUCUCUGAGAAGGGUCCUUCCCAUUGCUGUUACCUGAGAGCUCAAGGUUUAAACCUGGGAGUUUAUACAUGCACACAGUGUGCCCUGCCUCUCAACUCUUCUCCCCUCUCCUUUCUCUACUUGUGGGCAGUAAUAUUUCCACAGGCUGACCUACUAAGAUGUUAUUGCAAGGAAAGCAUGCUCCAUUUCAGCUGAAGGAGGAGGACUGCUAAUAUGACACAUUUGUUCUUUUCUUAAUACUAAGGGCACAGGGCCAUCCUGGGCCAUCGUAACUUUUAGACACACCAUUUCAUCAGCUUGCACUGACUGAAUACUCACCUGAAUAACACCCAAUGGAUCUGUGAUUAAAACAGGAGUGAAACUUCAUUAAUGAGUGAGUUCCAACACUCAUCUGUUGGAAGUGACUGUACCUCAUGAUCAGUUCAACUGAAAGUUGCCUAACCAGGUUAAUGGCUUUAAACUUUAAUAGGUAAGCUUUUAACUUACGUAUUCCAUCAAAACGUCCAUCACCACCGGAAGCUGAUGAAGCCUUGCCAGCAUUAUGACCUUGAAGUGGAGCCAGUAUAGUAUACAGAGUAUACUUUGGCUGCUUCCAGACUGAGGGCCAUUUCAGUUUCAUUCUGUGCAUGCCUAGAUUGAACCAUAUGCCAAAUGGCAACUGAUCCUUCCACAGAUAAGAGCCACUAAAAUGCUUUUGUUCUGAUGUUUAUGACUUUAUAUGGCAUCCACAUUGUAAAUGAUAUAAAAUAACAGUUGGACUGUGCUGUUUUGCAGAUUUUGUACAACUCUGUAUGGUUUCCCCCCCUCCCCCCCCUGCUGGUUUGUUUGCUUGUUUUGUUAAAUGAGUGCAUUUCUGGUUUAUCAGGUUUCUGCAGCACUGCAAAUGCAAACCCACCCCCAUUUACUCUGAAAAAUAUAAUCUUUUAUUUAUGCAAAA